UUAAAAGGAAUCAAACCUCGUGUCUCCUCCAGCAGCAGCCUGACUGCAGACACCUCGGUGUGAAGAGGAGCCAACAUUUGAUCUGAGAACAGCCGCUGAAGAGUGAAGCUGCGCGGUCACCUCUGCUGGGCUGACUGCUCCUCACGUCCCGGAAACUCAGAGAGGACCGAGAGGAAGAAAAGCAGCAUGUUUUCCUUCUUGUUCCUCCUCCUCCUUGUCUCACAUGUGCUGCUGUCCUCGACACAUGUAGCAGUGAUCUCCCCUCAGGAUCCCAUCCUUCAUAUUGGCUCCAGCCUAACAGCCACAUGCACACUGAGCCCUGAGCUCGGCCUCCACGCCAACACGUUGUACUGGACACUGAACGGGAUGAGUCUGUCCAGCAGCACCUACAGUGUGUUGAGCCCCGACACCCUCAGCGUCACCCUCCACAACCUCAACGGCUCCCAGCAGCAGUCUGGUGACAACCUCAUGUGUCACGGAGCAGAUGGACACGUCCUGGCUGGUUCAUGUCUCUAUGUGGGCAGGCCUCCAGAAAAGCCAGUCAAUUUAACGUGUUGGUCCCGCAACACGAAGGACUUGAGCUGCAAGUGGAGCCCGGGGGGGCGGGGCGAGACCCACGUCCAAACCAAAUACACCCUCAAGUACAAAUUGAGGUGGUAUGGGAGAGAGAAGGAGUGUGAAAUAUACAGCACAGGGAAGCAACGUUACUCCUGCUACAUCCCCCGCAACCUCGCCCUCUUCACGCCAUACGAGAUCUGGGUGGAAGCAGCCAAUCAGCUGGGCUCUGCCAUCUCUGACAUCACCACCCUGGACAUCCUCGAUGUAGUGACCACUGACCCUCCUGCCAACGUGCAGGUGAGUCGCGUUGGCGACCUCGAGGACCAGCUGACGGUCCGCUGGGCCAGCCCCCCCGAGCUCAAGGACAUUCUGUUUCAGGCCAAAUAUCAGAUACGCUACAGACUGGAGGACAGCACAGAAUGGAAGGUGGUGGAUGAUGUCGGUAACCAGACGUCAUGUCGCCUUGCUGGCCUCCGGCCUGGGACUGUCUAUUUUGUGCAGGUGAGAUGUAAUCCAGUGGGCAUCUAUGGCUCCAGGAAGCCUGGCAUCUGGAGCGACUGGAGCCACCCGGCUGCCGCCUCCACACCCAGCAGUGAGCGGCUGCAGACUGGUUCCUGCGAUCCUAAGCCCGGUGAGCAGAACUCCACCCUGCGGCGGGAACUCAAGCAGUUCUUUGGCUGGGUGCGCAAGCAUGCAUCUGGCUGCAGCGGCAUGUCAAUCAAACUGUACGAUCAGUGGAGGGUGUGGCUGCAGAAAUCGCACAAAACGCGCAACCAGAUUCUACAAGACGAUAAUUCAUAGCAGCGCCGCUCAGCACCACUGUGGUGUUUAAUUCAAGAACAGCAUCAAGAAACACUGACAGAUAACUGGCCCCGAGGGACCCAGCUGUGUGAGAGGUCCAACGCCCCGCCUGAGGGAUACUGCAGUGUUUGGUCAUAAAGCCUUAACUUGAGUUUAAAGGGCCCGAGUGGAAGAUAACUGAAGUGAGACAAUGCAGCCUUUUUCUGCUGUUUCCGCUGGCCAAAUCUGUCCCUUAGAUCUGUUUGCACAAACACAAAUGUUAAGGCCCUCAGUAACUGCACUUUUACUCUAAAAUAAAAGUCAUUCUCACAGUUAAGAUUUUUUAAUAAUUUAAUGUAAGAUAAGCAAGUCAUUAACGGUACUUUGAUGUCAAACUAUACAAACUAUGCCAAACAGAAUUGCAGUGGCAGUAAAAUGAGGGACGUGGGACCAAAAUGUACAAAACAAUCCUCACUCUACUGUUAUAGCUCUAGACAUUUAACAAAGUAUUUUUGUGAGGGUGGUUUUCUCCAGGCAAAUAUAAAUGUGAGAUUCACAUUGUUAUGGCCUUUAGGGUAGUUUCGCUCUACAUUUAUUACUGUUGGAAAUAAUAAGUUCAGGGUAGGGCUGCAAUUAUCGAUUAUUUUCAUUAUCAGUUAAUGAUCUGAUAAGUUUUGCAAUUCAUCGAUUAAUUGUUCCAUCUAAAUAAAAUGAAAAAUACUAGUCAUCAUUUCCCGAUUGUUAAAUGAAAUGUCCUACAAUCAACCCAAAAUCCAAAGACAUUCACUCAAACUCUGAAAUCUUCUAACAGAAUUGUAGAAAUAUUAAAAAUGCUAUCCAUAUAUCCACAUAGCCUGAAAAACACUCACCCAUUAGUUACAUUUUUGUUUCAUUUCACCUCCUCCACCCAACAACCAUGCAGCAAUGUUGUAUUCAACUGAGCUAAUAUUAUAACUCAUACUGGCUCGCAAAAAAAAGGACUUUUCCUGCUAACGUCCCAAUGUUAUAUACAAUGGUUUAAGACAGGACAAUUUAAAACUAAUAGGCUGUUCAUGGUUAACAUUAUGUGUAUGGUAUGUGCAGUACGUAGCCUACAGUGUCCUAGCCUAAUCUGUUAGCAUUCCAUUAAAUCUACUAAUUCAGCGGGGGAUAAUCCACUUACAUGCUUGAAUGUACAUUUUAAUUUAGUUAAGAUGUGCCGAUAAUAUAAAAUUUAAGUCUUUAGUCGUCUUACCUUUAAAAGUGCAUCACAACCGUUUUUUUCUGCUGUCACUCUACUGCGCUGUUAGCGAGCCUGUGCUGCUAACUUCCGGGAGCCAGCGGCUCGAAGGGCCGCCAUUGCUGUGAACGGAAAUGACGCGACUCUCUAUUAAGGGCUCUGGCCCCGCAGCUAACGUUAUCCGCCUUGCUGCUCCAACAAGGGCUGUGAUGUGAAGCUUUGUCAUCCAGCUUUGAACUGUAGUGUCUUUUUGGAGACUUAUAAUAGUAAAUCCAUAGCAAUGAAAUCCUACAGCGAAUGUCUUCUGUAGUUAUUUAUCCAUUUUCCGAUUAAAAAUGAAAGUCGAAAAACGUUUAAGUUUGGGGUAAACCCUCGGGUUCGUUAAUGUCACCAGCCGUCCAAUCACAGCGGAGAAGGGGCGGGACAAACACCUUAAUGACCAAUCAUCACAGAGGUGCUGAACAACAACCAUAGACUGUAAAAAUGUGCCCAAAGGCUAAAUACAAUUGAAUAAGAAAAUGGCUGUAUCUCAGAAAAUGUUUGACCGAUUUUGAAAAUGUCUUCAGAUGUGUGCUUAGGUGAGCCCCAACACUUCCUCUAAAGGAAAUUAAAUAAUAACUUUUAGUCGAUUAAUUGUUUCCAUUCUAGUUCUGUAAAAAGUAAAUUUGUGAACUCACUAAUGAGCCAUUUAAACACACUAAUCACCUAUUGAGUGGUGAGCCAUCUAAAAUGUUGCCCUGCGCACUAUUCAAAUACUUAAAUUUAUCCAUCAAUCCAUUUUCAUCCGCUUAUCCGGAGCUGGGUCGCAGGGGCAGCAGGUCAAGCAAAUCACCACAGACAUCACUCUCCCUAGCAACGCUUUCCAGCUCCUCCUGAGGGACCUCAAGGUGUUCCCAGGCUAGCUGAGACAUGUAAUCCCUCCAAUGUGUCCUGGGUCUACCACAGGACCUCCUACCAGUGGGUGGGAGCCACAAGAGCCUAAUAUGGCCAUACUUUCAAAUGUUUUGUUUGCAUUUCAGCACGCUGAGCUGCCAACUCCGUCAAAUAAAACACGCUCGACUUCACCGACCUCACCACAGACUGUUUGGUUUGUAGCUGCUGCAGUACAGAUCCAAUCACACGUUGCAUUAAAUUAAAGAACGCUUAUAGUUCUUGGCUGUGACCAAAACCAUACACAUUUUUUAAAGAUCUGGGUACACAAGGAUCAAAUGCAGGUAUAGUUUAACUGGAGAAAUUUUACUACUACUUGGUAUUUAGUUGAUACCUUCAAAGGUCUUGGGUACGGAUACCCAGUUGUAUUAGUAACUGAAUCCCCAUUAAUAAGGCCUCACUAUCUGUCACAUGUUUAUGCUGUCCUGUGUCUGAGUAGACUAUUUCUUUUAAGACAUUUUAUACUGUUUAUAUUUUUAUAACUGCAUAUUUAAGGAAUGUUUUUGUGUAAGUUAUAUUCUGUUACUGCACCUGUAGUGUCUGAAAAAUAUUCUGUAAUGUAUAAAACAGUAAAAAUUCAUUCUUUUUAUU